AAUCAAAAAGAUAAAAAUAGGAAAAAGAUGGACCUGAGAUCUCCUACUUAAACGGAAAGCGGUCAGGUUUUCAACCUUCCACAGAAAUCCAACGGUACACGGAAUUCAAUACUAACUGAAAGCUCCAAUACUAACAUCAUCUCACUACAAAAAAAUUAAACACUAUUGAUAAUAGCAAAAUGACGCUUACUCCCGUUGAUAUUCUCUAAAUAAAUAAGAACGUGCAUAGGUUAUGCCUUUCCGCACUUUCACAGAUAUCUUCUGAAUCAGAUGUUGCACUAUCAUGAAUUCCAUUCUGGAUCGCGUUGCCAAAGAUUAUGGUAGACGGAGCAGCUCAAGUGUUUACAGUAGUGGGGACGUCUUUGAGCCUUUGUCAAGUAAUAAUGCUAGGCAACGAGCAAAAUUGGUAGAAUGGUUAAACAAUGUUCUUCCUCACUUGCGUUUCCCAAUAAAUGCUUCUGAUGAGGAUUUGCGAGCUUUCUUAGUUGAUGGUACCGUCUUAUGCCAAUUAUUGAAUAAGCUGAGAGCAGAGUGUGGUGGUUCAGAACACUCUCCGGAGGUGGGAUCAGAAAACAUUAAAAGGUUUUUGUCAGCUAUGGAUGAAAUGGGCAUGCCCAGGUUUCAGGCACCAGAUUUGGAACAGGGUUCUAUGAAAAUAGUGGUGGGGUGCCUUUUAACACUUCAGGCAGAAUUUACGCCGAAUAAUGGAGGACACAAUUCUAGCACAGUAUUAUCUGGUAACUCUGGAGCUGAUGCAAAUAGAAGAUGGAAAUUGUUGGGAGAAAAUUUUGGAUGUGGCGAUGUCUUAUACAGAGAAGAAUUUUCAAGAACUCAGUCUUCUCCAUCCCCAGGAGAACGACAGAAGAACGGAUCAGAUUCAAAAUUCCAGCGUGCAUUGAGAAGUCCUGUAAUGGCAGAGCCAUCAGCUGCAUUAUUAGAUCACGUCGGACAUAAGUUCCACGAAGUAUUUCAGCUUAAACAAGGGAGCCACACUGAAAUUCCUGCUGCAAGGAUUUCAGAGAUGAUGAAAUCUAACAGUUUGGAUAUUGCCCCAACACAGUCACUUCUAAGUGUUGUCAAUGGGAUUCUUGAUGAAAGCAUUGAGCGGAAGAAUGGCGAGAUACCUCAACGUGUAGCAUGCCUAUUGAGAAAAGUGGUGCAAGAAAUUGAGCGUCGGAUAUCCACUCAAGCGGAACAUCUUAGAACGCAAAACAAUCUAUAUAAGACUCGUGAAGAGAAAUACCAGUCGAGGAUCAGAGUCUUAGAAGCCCUUGCAACUGGGACUAGUGAAGAGACACAGAUUGUCAUGAACCAGCUUCAGCAGAGCCCGUGUGUCAGAAACUCUGUCAACAGUUGGUUAGCAGCUUUGCUAAGCAAGGCAUGCAAGUUGGAGCUGUUGGCCAUUUUGACGAAGGAAAUGGACAAGCCCAGUUUCUUUCGCAAUGAGGGCGAGAAAAGGGCUGCGCGAGUUGCUGAACUGCGCGAGCUACGUCUAAGCACGCUGAUGUGCUUACCAUUGAGAGAAGAGCUUCGGACGUAUGAAGGCCGUGAGGGUCAUGGUGUGGGGCCUCAUGUGUCGACUUGUGAGCUUAGCUUGGGUUCAGCUAGGCGAGCAAAGGUCCGUAGGCCUAGACGUGCAGUUGUGGGGCGACACUGCACUAUGCGGGAUGGAAGUGUGCGCAUGGAUAAGAUCCAACAGAUGAGAAGCGCCACAGCUAGUCAAGGCUAUGAGCCUAGACAUCAUAUGGGCGGCACAGUUGGACACAUGCAGAAUGAGAAAAACAAAAUGGAGGAGAAAAAGAAAAACGAGGAGCAGGAUGUGCCUAAAUUGACAGAGAAGGAUGAUCAAAUUGCAGCAUUGAAGCAAGAGCUGGAAAUAGCUAAGAAAUCCUAUGAAUUGAAAGAGAAGGAUGAUCACGGUCAUGAAAUCGCAGCUUUGAAGCAAGAGCUGGAAAUAGUUAAGAAAUCGUAUGAAUUGAAAGAGAAGGAAGAUCAUAGAAAAGAAAUCGCAGCUUUGAAGCAAGAACUAGAAAUAGUAAAGAAAUCAUAUGAAUUGAAAGAGAAGGAAAAUCACAAACAGGAAAUCGAAGCUUUGAAGCAAGAAAUGGAAAUAGCUAAGAAAUCAUAUGAAUUGAAAGAGAAGGAAGAUCAUAGACAAGAAAUUGCAGCUUUGAAGCAAGAAAUGGAAAUAGCUAAGAAAUCGUAUGAGUUGAAAGAGAAGGAAGAUCAUAAGCAAGAAAUCGUAGCUUUGAAGCAAGAAAUGGAAAUAACUAAGAAAUCGUACGAGUUGAAAGAGAAGGAAGAUCAUAAGCAAGAAAUCGCAGCUUUGAAGCAAGAAAUGGAAAUAGCUAAGAAAUCGUAUGAGUUGAAAGAGAAGGAAGAUCAUAAGCAAGAAAUCGCAGCUUUGAAGCAAGAAAUGGAAAUAUCUAAGAAAUCAUAUGAACAACACACCCUAGAAAUGGACAAAAAGGCUACAGAAGCCCAAAAAGAGCUCGAGGAGAAGUUGAAGGAGGCGACGAGCCUUUUGACAGAAUCAAGAAAUAGGAUAAAGGAACUUGAGACAUUUUCUCAAGAAAAAUCUCAGGAUUGGACCAAAAAGGAGCAUAUCUACCAAAUAUUUACAGAAUUCCAGCUAGGCGCACUUCGUGAACUAAGGUUUUCUUCUCAGUCAAUAAGGCAAGAAGUUGUAAAAACACAAAAGAGCUAUGCAGAGGAAUUCAAUCAACUAGGUGAAAAAGUUAGAGCACUAGGACAUGCAGCUGCACACUACUCCACAGUCCUUGCUGAGAAUCGCAAACUGCACAAUGAGGUGCAGGAGCUAAAAGGAAAUAUCAGAGUAUAUUGUCGGAUUAGGCCAUUCCUUCGUGGACAAAAGGAAAAACAAUCAGUUGUUGAAUACAUUGGAGAAAAUGGGGAGCUUAUUGUUGUAAAUCCUUCCAAACAAGGAAAGGAAGGCCAUAGGUCUUUCAAGUUUAAUAAGGUCUACAGUCCAGCUGCAACACAAGCUGAGGUUUAUUCGGAUAUUCAGCCCUUGAUACAGUCUGUGCUUGAUGGAUAUAAUGUAUGUAUAUUUGCCUAUGGUCAGACUGGAUCAGGAAAAACAUACACCAUGACUGGCCCAGACAAAGCGACUGAGGAGAAUUUGGGUGUCAAUUAUCGAGCUUUAAAUGAUCUUUUCAGAAUUUCUCAAAUGAGAGGGAGCACCUUCACAUAUGAAAUUACAGUUCAAAUGAUAGAAAUAUAUAACGAACAAGUUCGUGACUUACUCUCAAGUGAUAGUUCACAAAAGAAACUUGGGAUAGUAUCCGCCUCCCAACCUAACGGUUUAGUUGUUCCUGAAGCGAGCAUGCAUCCAGUAAACAGGACCUCUGAUGUCUUAGAUUUGAUGGAUAUUGGAUUAAGAAAUCGAGCAAAAGGUUCCACUGCCCUAAAUGAAAGAAGCAGUCGAUCACACAGCGUUGUCACUGUUCAUGUUCGUGGGAUGGAUAUAAAGAGUGGUUCAUCCAUGCGUAGUAGUCUUAAUUUGGUGGAUCUCGCUGGAAGUGAAAGAGUAGACCGCUCUGAGGUGACAGGAGAUAGACUGAAAGAGGCACAACAUAUAAAUAAGUCGUUAUCUUCCCUAGGAGAUGUCAUUUCUGCUUUGGCACAAAAAAAUGCUCAUGUCCCUUACAGAAACAGCAAGCUGACUCAACUCCUUCAGACUUCAUUAGGUGGCCAAGCCAAGACACUUAUGUUUGUGCAGUUAAAUCCUGAAGUUGGUUCAUAUUCAGAAACCAUGAGCACGUUAAAAUUUGCUGAAAGAGUAUCUGGAGUAGAGUUAGGUGCUGCUCGAAGUAGUAAAGAGGGCAGAGAUGUAAGAGAUUUAAUGGAGCAGGUUGUCUCUCUUAAGGAUACGAUAUCUCAGAAAGAUGAGGAGAUUGAGAAACUGCAGCUGAUCAAAGAUCAAAAAAAUGUUUAUAUUGGCGCCGACAGUGAGACACAUAGUGCUGAUUAAGAAACUGAUUGCUGUGCGGAAAGAAAUCUUUUUUCCCGAAGGAGCCACAAAAGGAAAAGCAGAGAACAAAAAUAAGUUUUAUAUCAUCUCAGCAUCACAGCAUGCACAUGUUUCCCGAAAAAUUUCAUCAUGUUUGCAAUUAAAACUAUAAAAAUCUUAGGGUGGAAUUUUUUUCCAAUUUUCCCGUGUUUACUACAAUAACAUACCCAGUAUAGUUCCACAAGUGGGGUCUGUGGAGGGUAAUAUGUACCUUAUCCCUACCUGUGAAGAUAGACAGUUUCUAGAGUCCCUCGGCUCAAGGAUAAAAUGAAAAUAAGUAGUAUUAAUUUUCUCAUGUUUGGUUGGCUUAAAUACGACUUGCUUUAGAUGAAAACCGGGGAGUUCCAUGUAAUCUGAGAUAGACUUAUCGACUUAUCAUCACCUCUUUGAAUCA